UGGUUGCAACCCGCCAUUAAACUAAAAGAAGAAGAAGAAGAAGCUCUCCUUGUGUUGUUUUGUUGAAACAAGUGAAAACAUGGUGCAGACGUGUUGUGUUAUUAACUGCCACAAUCGUUCACGCGAUCGCUCCGGGGAUAAAAAGGAUGGGGUGACAUUUUUCCCAUUUCCAACGUGGAAGCAAAGCCAAGGAGCUGUGAUCUGUGAGCUAACGAAGAGACGCCGAAUGGCCUGGAUAGCAGCCGUGAGACGACCACACAUCACUUUCGACGCCAUCACCCGACACAUGUUGGUGUGUUCACGGCAUUUUCACACUGGGAGACCAGCUUAUGAAAUGGAUGAAAGCCAUCCAGACUGGGCACCCUCAUUGCAUCUCGGACACACGGAGGUGGAAGCUGCAGAUAAGAGACUACACAUAACAUUGUACGAGGAGGAACUUUCUCCAACAAGAGAGGAGAACGAGCGGCUACGACAGCAACUGGAAGCUGUUUGCAAAACUCGAGUUGUGCUCCACGUUGAAGAUGUCCAGCAGCUGACUGGUCAUCAAGAAGAAUGUACUCCCCAGCCACAGGGGGGUGGCUCCACUUUGGAGGAGGAGGAGCCACAGCCCCUUCACGUUAAAGAGGAAGAAGAGGAGCCACAGCCCCCUUAUGUUAAAGAAGAAGAGGUGGAGCCACAGCCCCCCCAUGUUAAAGAGGAAGACGAGGAGCCAGGGCCCACCCACAUUAAAGAGGAAGAGGUGGAGCCACAGCCCCCCUAUGUUAAAGAGGAAGAGGAAGAACUCUCCAUCACUCAGGAGGGAGAGCAUCUUCUAGGGCCAGAGGAGGCUGAUCACGCCAGGCUGCCACUGACUGGUGUCUCUGUGAAGACCGAAGACCCUGAAGACAAACCACCUGAGUCCUCACAGCUUCAUCAUAGUCCAAGUGAGGAGAUGAGAGAGGCGGAGCCUUCAUGCAGCAGCUCACUGCAACACAUGACAACAGAAGCUGAUGGAGACCACUGUGGAGGAUCACAAGCAGACAACCUCUUAGCUCCACUGUCAGAUAGUGACGACACAACAUCACACUCUCCUGAAGGUGAAGACAGCGACUUCACCCAAGAAUCUCUGAGCAGCGAUACAGACUGUGAAGGUGAUAUGAUGACUCACACUGGCGACAAACACUCUGAAAGCUCUAAAAAGAAGACAGGUAAACAUUUUAACUGCUCAGUUUGUGAUAAAAGAUUUUCUUGUAAGAGUAAUUUGACUCGUCACAUGAGAACGCACACAGGAGAAAAACCUUUUAGUUGCUCAGGCUGUGGUAAACGCUUCAGUCUAAAGACAGACAUGCAAAGACACAGGAGAACACACACAGGAGAAAAACCUUUUAAUUGCUCAGAUUGUGGUAAACGCUUCAAUCAAAAGACAAACAUGCAAAGACACAUGAGAACACACACAGGAGAAAAACCUUAUAGUUGCUCGGACUGUGGUAAACGCUGCACUCUCAUGACAGGCAUGCCAAGACACAGAACGCACACAGGAGAAAAACCUUUUAGUUGCUCAGACUGUGGUAAACGCUUCACUCGGAAGACAAACAUGCAAAGACACAUGAGGACACACACGGGUGAAAAACCUUUUAGUUGCUCAGACUGUGGAAAACGCUUCACUCUAAAGACAGACAUGCAAAGACACAUGAGAACACACACAGGAGAAAAACCUUUUAGUUGCUCAGACUGUGGUAAACGCUUCAAUCAAAAGACACACCUGCAAUUACACGAGAACACACACAGAAAAACCUUGUAGUUGCUCUGACUGUAGUAAAAGCUUCACAACCACAGUAAAUGUGGGAAAACACACCGGAGCAAAACAUUUUCCUUGCUCAAAUUGUCACUGAUGGUCUACUGUCUACUGUAGUUAAAAGGUAUUUUAUUUACCUCUAUGCCGUAAUCAGUAAAUGUUGUCACUGAUGAAGUCAAUUACUUCCAGAUUUGGUCUGGAACGUUGUGAUUUAAUUCCUUCUACUGACUCAAGUCACCAGUCACAAAGUGCAUGAUUUGAUUUUGCUCUAACAAUUAUAUGGAAAAAGAGGAAACCAUUAAAUUAUUUUUUUAUAUUGUUACAUUGUCUUUUAUUGUUAUUAUUAUAUUUACAUAUUAAAUUCAAUACUGAUUUACAAACAUAUUACAUAUUGACAUUUCUGUUCACAAAUAAGUGUUCAUAAAAAUUAUUUUAUCCUAAAAAAUGUUGUCAGGUGUUUUAUUCUGAUUAGAAUAACAAUCGACAAAUUAAAGGCAACAUGACUCAGUUUUAAUAAAAAGUUCAAUUUAAAAGUAUCAGUAUCAAUAUCAGUAUCAAUACUGUAAGCACACAAGACCUGAAAGCCAACUGGUCAUUAGGAACGAUUACUGAUUUAAAAUUAUACUAUAAUGGCUCAAUGACAAAUAAGCUGACAAAUAGAACAACUAUUCCAUCCAUUUUACAAAUAUUCCAAAUAUUCUAUACAAUAUAUACAGUAUAUAUAGUAUAUUACAGUAGAGAUUAGACUCAGUAAUCGUUCUCACUUACCAGUUGUCUCUCAGGUCAUGUGUCCUUCGAGUGACUUGAGCGGCGUCUUAAUAAUCAUCAUACAGGCUAACAGGCUAACUUUAUAUGCUUUUUUUCCAUUUUGGAUUCCUUUGGCAUUAUUAUUAUUCCUUAUUGUUGUUGCGAGUGGUUGAAUGAAUAAAGCAAAAAGGGACAGAGGGAGAGGGCAUCCCAUUGGUGGUUACUGUGGUUCAAGGUGAAGUGCAUAACGUCUGUAUCCAGUGGGUGAACCACUCUCCAAAACCUGUGGAGAGCAUGGAAGAGAACGUGCCGUUUUACUUUAUCAAACUACAGCUACAGUCAGACAAUUAAGAAAUCAUUUUAAUAAUUAUGAACCAAUUGCACACUGAAAAAGGCAACAGUAGAUGGACAAGACGACAGGAAGCUAGCUUGAUCACUUUGCAUGUUUUUCUUCUUAUUUUGCAAAAUUUCCAUCCAAAGCGUUAAAGGUUUUGCAUGUCUGUUAAAAGUGUCACAUUAACAAAAGAGGAGUGGGGACCAUCCCAGCUGAGCGAGAGGUACCACAUACACCUUUAGGGUUGCCAACCGUCCCUUGAAACAUGGAGUCGUCCUGUGUUUCGAAAUUAAAGUACGUAUUCCGUAUAUGGAGCUGACAGGGGACACACUUUGUCCCGUAUUACCGUGGGGAUCAAAACUUAGUCUGUAAAAUGUCAAUCGCGUCCGUUGACGGGAUGCCCUGACUAUGUUCGAAAGCCCCCAAUUAUGCGCAUCUACUGUAAGCCAAUUUAUGCUUUCACGAAUAAUGUGUGUUCUUCGGGCGUUGCGACCACUUUGUUCGGCGGCCCUUGAACACACCAUGUGUGUCACAGAUUGAGACCAAUGUGUUUCUACUCUUCAUUUCACCUCGUCCUUGUUGACAAAUGUUAAUGCUGUGCGUAAAUGCACAGGGGUGAGCUUGAAUAAUGUCAGCUCUGUGCUGCUGUGCAUUUUCGCUUGGUGCAUAAUCUCAUGCUCUAUGUGCUCAUAUGUCCAUUUGGCUCAGUAAUAAGCCUCCUAUUGAAUUCAUUCACAUAGACACAGUUGAAAGCAAUGCACACAUUAAAAAAAAACAAAAAAAACUCAUUGUUGUUGCAGACCAAAGCACAGGAAAAGAGCAUAAAGUUCCCAGAUCCCAGCUCGUCACCACUUCAAGAUUCAAGAUUCUAGAUUCAAGAGUUUUAUUGUCAUGUGCAUAGUAAAACAGGCAGUUCUGCUAUGCAAUGAAAUUCUUAUUCUCUUCAUUCUCCCAAGAAAAGAAAGAAAACACAAGAAUGAAUAAGAACAUAAGAAACAUAAAUACCAAUAAAUUAAGCAACAACAACAAAAAAAAAAAAGUUGUAAAUAUGCCUCACACACUUAUUCAACACUUUUAAAGUAUAAAAUGUAUACAGUAGGUACUCACCACUAGUCAAUGAUUAGAUGAUCCAUGAACAAAUCCAAUCGUUACAGUGGAGCCAGUCGCAGCACACAACUAUGGUGCGUUGAAGGGCCGUCGAACAAAGUGCGAAAUCUCAACGCUUCACAAAAAAAAAAGUUAAGCAUAAACAGUGGACAGUGAACAGUGAAGCAUAAAGACAAACAUGAAGAACUGUGUUAGCGCGUAUUUAUAUAUUAUUGCCGAUUUAAGAUGAUUGAGAUGCUUUUUCUGCGUUAAAAAAAUUACUUCCAGAGAAAAUCCACUGUAAUCCAUUACUGUCAUUGUGCACUUGCCAGAAAUGAUGGCUGCAAUAUUUAUCUGCUUCCUCUUCUCUUCUUUUUUUGCAACGACUCAAGUUAUUCUGUCAGUCAAGAUGCCCUCUACAUCACUUUGGCCGUGUUGAGUGCAACAUCCGGGUACUGAUGGCACGCUGCAUUUUGCCGUACUUCUCAGUGUGAACACACUCGUGCACUCAAAAUGUCGCCAUCUUGGCUACGUAGCGGACGGGGAGGGACUAACCUGAAAUAAUGUUGGCUGAGAAGCAACCUGUGGCAGUGGAAAGUAGUGAACAGAAGAAGAAGCAGUGCUAUGCUGCUCUGCCCGCCCCCGCGGCGGGUGGCAAACGAAGGCUACGUGGGAAAUAAUAACUUCUCGCUGGCCGCUAAUGGUCAUUGCUGCAUAGGCUGAGCGCCACAAGGAGGAUGAGAACAUUAAUUCCACGGUGCUGCCGCCUUAAAUAUUAGGCCAAUUUCUCGCAGUAUCUGUUCCCGUCAACGAGCGCACACAGCCAGCACAGAAUGUGGGGAAAGUCACAUUUUGGAGGCUCGUCUGGAGCAAUGCUACAGGCCAUCUGUUGACUAGCACCUCAUGGAUGCUUUCUUCGAGGACCUUCCUCCUCUUAACUCAUAGUCUGAGACGCUACACUGUGCUAAAUGGACUCACUUGUGUAUUUUCUUUCCAUCUGCAGUCUCACAUGAGAAUUUCUACAGUUUCUUAGGCAUUAUUAGCAAAUAUCUAUAUAGAACUAUUGAUUUUGAAUGGCAUAAGUGUGGCCCUUAUUGUGCAUUACAACACAUUUGUGAAAUAACAUGAAUAGCAAGUGAAGCUGGAGUUUCAAACCCCCAAAAAUACUAGAAAAAAAAGAGGACUUAAGCAAUUUUUUGUUAUAAUAAUAACAACAAGGUGGAACAGGACCUGAUUGGUUGGUUGGAUUGUCAACAAAUGUGACUGACUUAAAUGUGUUCCACAGUAUUUGAGGAAAUACGGCAUCCAAACCAGAAUGGUAGAGGAAGCUUGGGUCAAACUCCAAUCCUAAUCCUAACCGUCCUCUUCUCAAUCAAUUUAGAGCAGUGGUUCUUUAUUCUAACAAAGUUAAUAUAACCAUUAAGCGAUGGCUUGUUAAUAAAAGCCUUGUGGGUUGAGCGGGUGUGUCACAUGUUGUUCCUGUACGUCGGCCUUAAUGCUGGUCUGGGAUGAGCCCACAGACCCUCGCUGAUGACGACUAAUUAAUGAUGAAUAAAUAUGACUGCUGUCAAAAAAAAAAAAAAAAAAAAAAAAGCAACAACAACAGAA